GUUAUAUGUUCAUAUAUGAAAUAUAUCAGUGAUAGUAUAGGUAAUCGAUCGAGCAGGACAUACCUCCAAACAAUCCAACAACUGACAAUGUCAUCCUCCAAUAAUGUAAUCAAUUUUGGUGCUGGUCCCGCAAAACUACCCAGACAAGUAUUGGAACAAGCCAGAGAUGAAAUUUUAAACUGUGGUUGUGGUCUAAGUGUAAUGGAAUUAAGUCAUCGAUCGGCUGAAUAUGCAGUAAUAAACAAUCGGGUCAUUGAAUCUGUCAGACAACUCUUGUAACUAUGAUUAAAGUAUUAAUUUAGUCAAUUUUUGUAUUAUUUUUCAAGUUAAACCGAAAUUUUUAAUCUAAAGAAAAAAAAUUUAAUAAUAAGCGUGAAUAAUAUAAAACAUGGCAUCACAUCAAAGUAAAAGAAACUAGCAAAUGUUGUGCAAAAAAAUUUUUUUUUUCUCUUAUGUCAGCCAAGAAGAAAUAAAAAAGGAUAUGAGAGUUUUAACCAUAAUCAGAAUAAUUUAGAUCUUUCUCCCAAAAAAAGGUAGAUUUAUAAUUAUGUUGUACCGAUGAAGACUUUA